AUGUCAGUUACCGACUCAAUCGACCACAUCACCACUGGAGCUAAGGGAACCCCAUCGGCAUUGGACAUAGAGCAACAAGGCUCCCACCAUCUGGACGCGUCCAAACCAGUAAAGUCUCUAGGCGCUGGAGUAGUCGGCUCUCGCCUUGGGCGCAUUUGGCACGACAUUGACACGCUGUCGUUAAGUCUGAUGGAAUGGCGUGGAGUGACCACGACCAACGUCUUUGUUGCGAACUUCUUCUUUAUUGCGGCCUUUGGCCUGGUGGUAACGGCCCAGUGGGAACUCUCCAUCGGGAACGGAUUUGCCUACACCGUGUUUAGUGCAUUCGGACUCUUCUAUGCAGGGUACGGAGCUAUUCUGACUCCGGCUUUCGGGAUUGAGCAAGCAUAUGGCAGCGAUACCGUGCAGUACAACAAUGCGCUAGGGUUCUUCAUGAUUCUCUGGACGGUCUUCGUUUUUACCUUCCUCAUUGCUUCCCUACCCAGCAAUCUCGCCUAUAUUGCAGUGUUCUUCCUGGUGGACCUGGGGUUCUUGACCGUGGCUGCCAGCUACUUUGCCGAGGCGGACGGACAUCAUGCGGCUUCAAUUGCGCUGAAGAAGACCGGAGGAGCGUCGUGCUUUGUGGCCGGCCUGAGCAUUCUUCCUCCUCCUCUUCUCCUUGCAGAGACCACGAUUUGGCAAAAUGAAGAACACUGUCGCCUUUGCACCAAGCGGCGCAUCCGAUGCGACCGCACUCUGCCUCACUGUCACAAAUGCACCUCCCGCAAUUUCUCCUGUCCCGGUUUCGACGCCUUCCAGCUGAAAUGGACCCAGACGAUUACCCAUAAGCCUAGUUCUUUCAUUAAAGGCACCAGGACAGCAAAGGAGAGGUUAUCAGAUGAGCUGGCGGUCGCAAUCCGCCCCGAGGCCGAUGCGAAGUCAUCGCAAGAUGCUCUCUGGCGAGCCCCAUCUCCAACCGAAGAUCAUAUACUCGUACAACACCACUCAUCGACGGCCUUCUGCGACAAACUGCUCCACUACUUUCACGUUAUCGUGGUUCCUCGUUUGACUUGGCUGGAUAGUGUGGAUAACCCGUGGAGAAAGGCCAUUCUUCCACUUACCUGUCGCUCCGUCUCUCUCCGACUGUCGCUCCUCAGCCUUGCAGCCGCUCAUCUGUCAGUCACAUCCGCCCCUGGCAGCGCACAGGCACUUGUUGCGCGGAGAGCAUAUCCUGUUCUAAGAAACGGCACUCUCCAGGCUCUGAAUCAAGCCAUCAGCCGCGAAGUGAGUCAACGCCCUCGGAUGAAUACUGUGGAGGGAGGCGGUGGGAGUUCCGCCCUCACAAUUAUCCUUGCCACGGCAGUCGCCCUCUGCUACGAAGAGAUGCUAAUACCAGAGUCCACAAAUUGGAAUGUGCACCUGCAAGCGUGCCGUGCGAUGAUCGAAUGGAAUCAGUCGUGGAACAGGGGCCGGCAGUCCAACGAUGCCUUGUCGAGAUUUGUUGUCAAAGAGGUGGAAGAUUUCGAGAUCUUCAUGAAUCUCGUGUCGUUUUCGAGACAGCAGCCUAGAACCAAAUGUCCCUUGCAGUCAAGGCCCGAAGACCGUCUCUGGGCCUUUACAAUUCUUAUUAGUGAGAUUACCGCAGUGGAACGUUCCAACUAUGAGCUCCAUGGAGAAAGGCACGGGCUUGGGGAGCACGAGAUGGGCAUCUGGCGAAAAAGAGUGGAACAGGCUUAUAAGCAGCUCUGUGUCACUGCGGCCUCUGCUUCGCGGCAUGAUGAAGCUACCCGCAUACACUUCAAUGCUAUGGUGAAAGCUCAUUAUUAUGCUAUUCUGAUCUAUGUUGAACAGGCCCUGGCGCCCCGCAGACACGCAGAGCGGGCCAUCAAUCUCCACCUGUCCAUCCUGUUCCAAGACCUUCAAGGCCUCGUGAAAGACACUUCGCAUGUAUUCUCGCAUGUACUGUUCUUCCCCCUUUUCAUUGUGGGUACCGAAUGUUGGGGCGAUGAGCACAGACAAAGCAUAAUCCAGAGAGCCUUCGUGGAACUGAUCGCGGCGACGGGCGCAUGGUGUAACCACACUGUACUGCAGUUCUUACGGGCCCUCUGGGCUCGACCGGAUUACUGGGGUAUGGGGCAAUGGAUCAGGUAUGCUCGGGAGAAUGAGAGCGAGAUCGGCCCGUUCAUGCUUUUCUGA